AUGCCGAACAGGCUAUAUGCAAAAUUUUCUAAGUGUGAAUUCUGGUUGAAAUCAGUAGCAUUUUUGGGCCAUGUCAUCUCAGGGGAAGGCGUGAAGGUGGACUCUCAGAAAAUAGAGGCAGUGAAGAAUUGGCCUAGACCUACCUCAGUAUCCGAUAUAAGAAGUUUCUUGGGUCUAGCAGGCUAUUACAGGCGUUUUGUAGAGGGAUUUUCUUCUAUCUCAUCCCCUUUAACUAGAUUAACUCAGAAGAAAGUCAAGUUUCAAUGGUCCGACGCGUGCGAGAAAAGUUUUGAGGAGCUAAAGAAGAGGUUGACUUCAGCUCCACACGGUAAAGUCAUAGCUGCGUCGAGACAACUCAAGGCUCAUGAGAAGAAUUAUCCGACUCAUGAUCUUGAAUUAGCAGUUGUGGUGUUUGCGCUCAAGAUCUGA